CCCGAGAUCUGUUGCUGUGUGGCAUUGAGUGUUUGUCGGUUGUUCGCAUCAGUCAAUCAAUCAAUCACAUCAGUGAGUGAUCAUUAUGGAGACCAUCGACUACGUCAUCGUGUUCGCCUAUGUGGCGGUGAUUCUGCUGCUGGGCCUGGCCUUCCUCGUGUGGGAGUGGAGCGACGCGCCGCACCACUCCACCUCGCACCACUACUUCCUCGCCGACAGGAGCACACCGUACGCAUGGGCCAUUCAUGAGAUCAGACACAAGCAGUCAUUGCAGGGUGUGUGUCGUGUGCUGUGUGUGUGUCAGGUGGUGGGCGGUGGGAUGUGCCUUCUUCUCGUCAAACAUUGGAUCAGACGCCAUUGUCGGCACAUCAGGUGCGGGGAUGGUCUCGGGAUGUGCGCAUCGAUGUCUGUCUGUCUGCCUGUCUGUCUGUCGUAUACUCUUCAGGGGGCGGCGCGGAGGCUGGAAUGUCUGUGGCAAGUAUGCAAGCCCGUCUGUGACCUGCCUGUUGGUCUCUCUCUCUGUGUGUUGAUUGAUGUGUGUGUGUGUGUGUGUGUGCAGUGUUCGAUUGGGGUGCCGUGUUCGUGUUCGUCCUGUUGGCCCAUGUGUUUUAUCCAAUGUACCUGCGGUCGGGGGCCUUCACUUUGCCGGAGUUCAUCGAGAAACGAUUCGGCAAGUGAGCUACUGCGUGAGUCUGUGUGUCAAUUUCCUUUCCUCCCCCCCUCUCCGCGUCGUCUGGUAUCAGGAGCUGCCGGCUUUAUCUUGUGGUUGUAACGCUCUUUCUCUACAUCGUCAGGAUCGCAAUGGUCGGUACCGCACACACACACACACACACACGGACAAGGCGUCCAUUCGUGUGUGUGUGUUGAUUCCCCUCCCACCCCACCCCACCCACCUGCACACAGGCCUUGUUCGCCGGCGAGUUGGUGCUGUCUGUCGUGUUUGGUCUCGACCCGUCCGACGCUCUCAAAGUGCUGGUCGCCCUCACCAUGGCAUACACCUUCUGCGGAGGGCUCGGCGCAGUCAUCUACACAGAGGUCAGCACUCCCACUCAUCUGUCCUCCCACCCCACCCCACACACAGACAGACGCUCCAUCCAUCCAUCCAUCCAUCCAUCCAGCCAGCCAGCCAGCCAUCGCAAUCCUGUGUGUGUGCAGGUGAUCCAAACGGGCCUUUUGCUGAUCAGCGGCCUGACGCUGACCUCCCUGGCCUUCAGCAAAGUGGGCGGCUGGACGGGACUGCGGACCCACCUGCCCGACAAGUUCUUCAGGAUCUUCCAGGGCGGCGAGGGGUGGGACUUCGAGUUCCCCUACCCCUGGUACGGGCUGCUCUUCGGCUUCCCCGUCAUGGCCACCUUCUACCACUGCACCGACCAGGAAAUGGUCCAGCGGGUCCUGGCGGCCAAGGACGAGGGCCACGGGAGGCUGGGGUGCAUUGCUGCGGGGUUCCUGAAGUUCUUCCCCCCUGUGCUGUUCAUCCUACCUGGUUCGCACAGACAGACAGACAGACAGAGGGAGAGGGAGGGAUGUGUUUCUUCUGUGUGUGUGUGUGUGUGUGUGUUGUGUCAGGGAUGAUCGCCCGUGUGUUGUACCCCCGAGCUCUGCUGUGCAGCGACGUGAGCCCCGCGUGUGAGCAGGCCAACUGGGCGUACCCCGUCCUGAUCAAUCAGCUCAUGCCCACCGUCCUUAAGGGCAUGACAGUCGCCGCCAUGAUCGGUGCACUCAUGACCGUGCUGGGGGCCAUAUUCAACAGCGCGUCCACCAUCUUCACGAUGGACAUCUGGCGCAGCUUCGCACCCAACACGUCAGAGAGGGCGCUCACGUGGAUCGGCCGGAUGGCCACAGUCGUCAUGGGGCUGGUGAGUGGGUCAGGAAGAAAGGGAGUCACAUUGCCCACCGAUCCAGUCGUCUUAGUUCUCUCUGUGUGUGUGUUUGGAUGUCGUCAGAUUGGCGUGGUGUGGAUCCCUCUGAUGCGUCUGCUGAGCUCCAACAUGUACGUUGCCGUCCAGACAAUCGCGGUAUACAAACAUCCACCCCAACUCGUGCAGCCAUCCGGCCACUGCUGCUUGCUUUUGUGCGUGUGUCGAUGUGUGUGCAGGGGCUGACAGCGUCGCCCAUCUGCGCCCUCUUUGUGGUGGGCAUAUUCUUCCCACGAGCCAACGAGAUCGGUGCGAUGGGCGGCCUCAUCAUCGGACAGGCCCUCGGCAUCGUCAGGCUGCUGCUGAGGCUGUCAGCUUGCCAGGUGAGGCGGAGAGGGAGGGAGGGAAAGAGGGUGGGAUUAUGGUUUUACUGAAGUGUAUCUCCGACGUGUGUGUGGGUACGUGUCUGUGCGUCGGUUGUUCAGCUGGUACACGAGCGGCUGACCUGCAGGCUGGGCGGCGUCUUUGUGAAGAGCAACUUCCUGGUGCGCUGAGUGUGGCCAGAGAGGGCAAAUACCGGGGGCAUGGAUGUGUCCGAUGUGUUGUAUGUGUGUGUGUUUCCCUCCCUCCCUCUCUGUAUCCCUCAGGUGUUUGCGGCCUUCAAUUUUGUCGGCUCUGCGGCGCUGGUGAGCUGACGAGCAGCCAUUCAGUGUGGUGUUUUGUCCAUUCCCCCUGCCCCUUCCGUCCGUCCAUCAGAUACUGUUGAUGAGCUACCUGGGGCCGCCACCAAGAAGAGACCAGCUUGUAAACCUCACUUGGUCGGUCACACAGACACACUGCAAACUCCUGACUGACAGCAUAUCGGUGUUCGUGUGUGUAGGUGGGAGUGGACGGCCAAGGAUGCGGCGCGGGACGAGGAAAAGGUGCACCUCACUGUCAUGGAGGCAAGAAAACCUGCCCACACACACACAGACAUACAGACUAGACCACCACAAACACGUCGCACUCGCCACAUGCGUCCAUCUAUCUGCUCUGCGUCUCAGGACCUGCCCCCGAUGCCGUCCGACUCCCCCGUGUCGUCAGCAGUUCCACCAAUGGUACAGACCCAGCAGCACAGCAUAACAAACACAACACGACAGAAACGCCUUCCUCCCAACCACACACAAACGCUCCUUCCAUCUUUCUCUCUCUUUCUCUGCUGUGUGUGAAGGUGAUCGGCAAGGCGCUGUCAUCGACAGGUGCGGCUGAGGAGCGGGAGGAAAGGACACCCGACAGGUCGGCCAUGGGGGCAACCAGAUCGCCGGACAGGACACAGAUCAAUGGGAGAGAGACACAAGACGCAGACGCAGACAGGGGGGAGGUAAGCGGCCUGCUCUGCUUCCGCUGCUUGAUUUGCUGGUGAGCGCCUGAGUACCUGUUGUGUCUUCAGAAGCAUCGGCCGGAAACGCUGCAUCAGGCCCAUCCAUCGUAUCUGACGGUCGACAGGUGGGUGGGUGGGUGGGGGGGGAGGUGAAAAUAUGUGUAAUGUGUGUGUGCAGGACGGUGUUGAGUCAGAUCGGCACGGCACUGCUGAUUGCGGCGGGCGCCACCCUCAUCAUCGUGUUCAAUUAGCCAUUCAUUCAUUCAUUCAUUCACUCGCUGCAUGGGAAGGAUGCACUUGUGUGUGGCGCUGCGUGGAUCGCAUCAUUCCUGCCUACCUGAUACGGUGUUCCAUGCCUGUGUUGUCAUUGUAUAGUCAAGAUGUGACAAGACCUGUAAUUACUGCGUUCACACGCAGACGUGCUCGGAUGGAUGGACGUGGUGGAUACAUAUUGAUCAGCCGCACUGUCAAGGGCAUGCAGACCUGGAUUUGC